AUGAGAAUCUUACCGGUUUGCUCUCACGCUGGCAGAAGACAGUGGAGAAGCGCUCCGAUGUGGACAACACAAAUGAACAUUGAAGAGGAUUACGUGCGAUUAAAAAGAUUCCAUUCUGUCGUGCGCCACGUCGUUCCACCAAUCAUUGCUCCGCCAAACCGCGAUGUGCCGACACACGAACUAGGAAAGUUACAGAAUUUCCCAUACUGUAUUGCGACACACGGUGGUCGUACCGGGUACGCUUCCCGUACAGUUUUGAGUCAAAACUGUACGGGAAACGUCCUUCUUGAAGGUUGUUAUACUUGCAAUACUUGCACCACCCCAUCGCUUUUUAGUCCCUCCUCUUCCACCUUCGCGCACCACCCGCCUUUCCAUUGCAACCUCAUCCACACCCAGGCCUUCCGCCGGCAAGCCGCCUCCGCAUAUCACCAUGGGCAACGUUCUCAGCUGGGAGUCUCAAGACGCGCAGGGCCAGCCGCGCUCCGGGUUUGCCAAGUGCAUCGACCCUGUCGGCGCCUGCUUGCAACCCUCGGCCUUCACCCUCUACGGUGCGAAUGUAGAUGAGGCAGAACACGUCAACCAUCCCGGCCACGACGCCCAAGACUCCAUCCCGGACGACGCUCACAUCCACUCAGAAUUAGUCGCCCCGUCCACGCCUGGUGCCAUGCCCCCGGCCAAGGCCGAAGAGUUUUGAGCGCCCUCGCUUUUUAGGCCCUCUCGCUACCUGACCUUACCAGCACCCGGCCCUUUUCGUGAACAUAGGCAGCUGUGCAUCGACCUUCGUCCCCGGAAUCCAGGCUUUCAGGUAUUUUUUGUUGUGUAGUUCGUUAGAAGCGGCGAUUGCUUGACGCUCUCUGCUUUCUGGAGCGGCGACCAGUUGGUUUUAUACAUGGCGAAAAUAAAUGCGUGAAUUUCUAAUGGUUAGAGCCCA